UGUGUGCUGAAAUUCUUCUCUCUCCUGCCUCAGACGAGGCCUCUUCACCAUGGGGAGGAUUGCCAAGGAAACGGCAGGUCAGGUCAUCAGCUUUAUCGGCUUUAUUGGUGUGGCGGUGACCACUGGGAUCCCGAUGUGGCGAGUGACCUCCUUCAUCGGAGCCAACAUUGUGACAGGCCAGGUAGUGUGGGACGGCCUGUGGAUGAACUGUGUGAUGCAGAGCACGGGACAAAUGCAGUGCAAGCUGAACGAGUCUGUUCAGAGGCUGUCGAGGGAUCUGCAGACCGGCCGAGCCCUGGUCAUUAUCUCCCUAAUCUUAGCCUUCGUCGGCUUCCUCCUCACCUUCAUCGGAGCCAAGUGCACCAGCUGUCUGAAGAAAGAAUCAUCGAUGGCCAAGGUGGUGAUCUUAGGAGGAUGUCUCAUCAUUGCUUCUGCCCUCGUGGUCCUGAUCCCUGUCUGCUGGUCUGCAGCUGUGACCAUCACAGACUUUGAGAGCCCCCUUACUAUUGAAACACAGAAGAGGGAGGUAGGAGCUGCCAUCUACAUCGGCUGGGCCUCUGCUUUAAUCCUCCUCAUCGGGGGGAUCAUCCUCUGCACAUCCUGCCCUCCUUCCACACCUAUGUAUGGAUACCCCGGCUACCAACAAGGACCCCCUGUGUACCCUUAUGCCGCCACAAACCCGCCAACCUACAGCCCUAUGUAUGUUCCCCCGUCCAGCCGAGCGUACAGCGGGUCGUAUGGACCCCCCAAACUGUACGCAGCACCAACCGUCUACGCUCCUCGACAGUACCAAUAAAAAAAAAACCCUGAAAGGACACAAAGAGGGUAAAGACUGAGAUUACUGCUGCGGUGGCUCAGGUCAUUGUGUACCUUAAGAAACUAAUAUUGCACAAAAAUACAUGAUGUUUUUUUAGAGAAUGCCAUGUACUCUGAUACAUUGUUGGGAUCUGAAAUCAGCCAAACUAAGUUAAAAGAUGUUUAAUUCUUAAAAAUGUUUUAUAGAAAUGUUUUCUCUUUGAGAUUGAUUUUUGUGAAAUAUUUCUACAUCGUGAAGCCUUGAUAAAAGAGCAACGUUGUGACAGCAUGGCUGUUAAAUGAGCACAAAUGUAUUCAUGUCCUUGUCCCACAGAUCUGAUUUUGUAAAUAGUGAUGUUAUGUGAUGUGUUG